CGAACAACAUCUGCUGGUUCCGCGUACGACAAUACUCUCGCCCCUGAUCGGAUCGAUUUAGUAAUCGGUAGUCGUUCGACCUGCAUCUCAGAUUUUUUUUUCUUCCGACCCCAUCGUACUCGGGCAAUCCUACCAAUAACUAUACUUAUCUUGGACAUUGACGACUUACACGGAGCUCAACCCUUGCGACCAUCAUCUCUGUACCAACUUUCAACUUCAUUGUCAUUCAUUCUCACCACCUCCUCUGACGCCACGCGCAAGUAACCCUAACUCAGCAACCAUGGGCUCUAUUCCUCGCGAGACACUUGAGACCGAGGUCGAUUUGGCCAUCAUCGGUGGCGGGCCGACUGGUCUUCUCACCGGCUACCUCGCAGAGCAGCUUGGUGUGAAGGUAUGCAUUAUUGACAGCAAGAACGCACCGCUCGAUCUGGGCAGAGCCGAUGCGCUCAACGCCCGCACCCAACAGGCUCUUGAAGUCGUUGGCAUCCUUGACGAACUUAUCGUGCAAGGCAUCACCUGCAAUACGAGCUCAACCUUUGCGGAAGGUGAGUUCAAGUCGCGCCAGAGCCAAUGGUGGACUGGUCUUGAGCACUGCUUCCGCAAGAACUUCCUGAUGAUCGGCCAGCCGGCCGUCGAGAAGGUCCUCGCAGAGAGACUCAAAACGCCCGUCUGCUUCGGCGAAGUCGUCACUUCCAUCUCAGAGGAUAAGAACGGCGUGGUGACGACAACGGACAAGGGGCGAGUGAUCCGCAGCAAGUAUGCGGUGGGAGCCGAUGGCGCUCGCUCCACAGUCCGCAACUCGCUGGGAAUCACAUUCACCGGGACCAAGCCCGAGAUGAUCUGGGCCGUUUUGGACACCUUCAUUGAUACGACGUUCCCUGUGUGCUCCGAGAUCAUUACGUUUCAGCUUAAUGGCCAGAGCCGAGUCUCAUGGAUCCCCAGAGAGCGUGGCAUGGCCAGAUUCUACAUCCUGCUUGACGGCGAGAUCACGCAGGAGAAGGCCGAGAACUCGAUCCGCGAGCACAUGGCCCCUCACCGAGUGGACUUCAAGAAGACGGAGUGGUUCAGCACAUUUGAUGUCAAGGAGCGCAUUGCAUCGACGUUUGUCUCCCAGAACGGAGGCGGCCGCAUCAUCCUAGCAGGUGACGCAGCGCACGUUCACUCGGUGAACGGUGGCCAAGGCCUCAACACCGGUAUUGCCGACUCGUUUGCGCUAUCAUGGAGGCUGGCGCAAGCCAUCACAAACGACAAGCUCAGCCCUGGCGCGGCUGAUAAGCUGAUCAGGAGCUACGACAUCGAGCGGCGCACCGUUGCCCAGGGCGUCAUCGACGUUGCAGCGAAGCUUGUCAGAGACACUGUUCGAACGGCAAAGGAAUACGUCUCCACAAUCGAGAAAAACGCUGGGUACAUCACAGGCAUGGGCGUGUCUUACGAUGGCACCGGCUCCCCCCUGAUCCAAGAGGCCCCCAGCCAGGGCAUCUGGACCGCUGGCCGGCGCUGUCCGGAUGUCUUCCUGACGCCAGCAUCCGGAGAAGAGCCGAAGCGCCUGUAUGAUCUCGUCGCUGGCAAGUAUGGCAAGCACUUGGUGCUGAAGAUUGGACGACAAUCGAAUGGUCCCGCCCUGGGAGAUGGUCUCCAGGACUUGGCCAGACUCUUCACCGUCGCUCCCCACAAUGCGGAGACUCCUCGUACGACUGCAGUGAGUGAAGAUUCUUCAUCGCCAGAAACGUCCUUCUCAGCCGAGUGGGCGAAGGACGAUGACGACUUCACCGUUGUCGUCAGACCCGACAUGUACAUUGGCUACGUCGGUCUAGGAGGAGAAGGGUGGAAGGAUUACCUGUCGUACCUGACUCAGUAACUGGUGUGACAAGCAAGUUUUCUGCGACGAUGAAUUUUUUGUUUUUUGACAAGAUGAUGUGCCAUUUACCGGAUUUACUGGAGCGAACGCCCGAAAAGGGCAAACGAGAUUCUUUUUAGAGAGACCCCUGAUAGCUCAAUUUAUGGAUAGACAAAAACCUACAAAGGUGCGUCUCAAUAGUCCUUGCAGUUGCUGCCAAGACCAACCCCUGCC